AUGUCCGAGCAAUUUGAGCCUGGCCAUGAGGUCCCCGUGACCGGCCAGAGCUUUCCAGGCAAGGAAGGCGACAUGCCUCACCCAACACCCAAGUUCGACAAGAUCCCUACAGCCGACGGCGGCGAGAAACUUUACCAGGCAGCUGGGAAACUCAAAGACAAGAAGGCUAUCAUCACCGGCGGUGAUUCUGGCAUUGGUCGCGCUUCUGCGAUCCUCUUCGCCAUGGAGGGUGCUGACACGCUGAUCGCCUAUCUGCCCGACGAAGAGGACGACGCCCAAGAAACCAAGAAACGCGUCGAGGACUACGGCCGCAAGUGCUAUCUACUGGCUACCGAUGUUACCGACAAGGCCAACUGCAAGAAAGUCGUCGAUGAAGCACUGGAGAAGCUCGGAGGCAUUGAUAUUCUCUUCAACAACGCCGCCUACCAGAUGAUGGUAGAGAACAUCAAAGACCUAUCCGAGGAUCAGUGGCUGCAUACCUUCAACACCAACAUUCACCCGUUCUUUUUCCUGUCCAAGUAUGCCCUGCCCCCACAUGAAGCCGGGCGCGACCAUUAUCAACCAAUGCGAGCAUCAACGCUUACAUGGGACGACCGGGCCCUGCUUGACUAUACGUCGACCAAGGGCGCCCAUCGUAUCGUUUACUCGAGGUUUGAGCAACCAGAGGCGCAGAAGAACUUCACAAGCCCCAUGGGACGUCCCGCGCAGCCAUCAGAGAUUGCAACGUGCGUCGUGUUCCUGGCUUCGACAGAUAGCUCUGCCCUAAGCGGACAGGUUAUUCAUUGCAACGGCGGCGUCAUCGUCAACGGAUAA